CUUUGGCUAGGUACUGGUUCUCUUAUGCAUUGAAGGUUAUGUUCUUAUUUUGUCAGACUUUGGUAUAUAAUCGGGAGCACUUGGUGCUGUACGAGACAAACUCUUAGUAGUCCAAUUCUAUCUGGAGAGAUUUUCAUUUCUAUCUGGAGAGAUCACUGUCAAGAAGAAUUGAAAGACAUGGUUCAGAGCAAUGAUCACAUGACAAGAUUGCACCAUCGAUGUAGUUUACGAAUUUUGCCAUUGCUCUUGUACGCUCCCACACGCUGUAGCGAGACAUAACAGGGGACCCCCUAAAUUCAUUAACCUUUCCUCUCCAAUAUAUGGACGUAGUACGUUCUUCAUGAGAUAGUUAAAAGACUGGUGCUGUUUUAUGCAAUGCGAAGAUCAGACAGAUGAUCCCGAUACGAAAGCCAAAGCUCUGUUAUUCGGUCGUUCCAUCCGCACAAAAUCAGCAAGGCUCUCUGGUCUUUGGUCCAAGAUCCAGCAGUUGGACCAGAGUAUUAUUAACUAUCUGCUAGUGUUUGCCAACCUCUAUAGCUUUGUUGAGUACUGCUGUCAUUUUCGGUCUCUAGUAAUGCAAUGUAAUAAUUACAUUACUAAAAAACGCCGCUUAGCUGUAAACAGAUGGGUAAAAGCUGGAGCAUAAGAGGUAUCUAGCGAUUUUUUUCUGAAAAAUAAAAGGUAUCCAAGGAAACUAUGUCUAACCAGUCGAAUCAAGUAAGGACGAAAAUAAUCAAAAGUUGCAGUUUUCGGAUGAGAAAGGACGAAAGAGAAUAAAUGAGAGCUAUAAAGAGAAGAAAGGGUAGCCGUCCAUUGCCAUCUACGGCUGAAGACUUGCAAUCCAACUCCCCUAUAUAUAUACAGCACCUACCAACACCAAUCUCCAUCCAUUCACUCCCUGUCCUCUCCUCGCUUAGCUUUCUUCCUCCUUGGUAGCUCUAGUCUUCUUGCUGUGGGUAGCCAUGGCGGCCCCGAUGUUGAACCAGCUCAACACCCUCGUGGCCAAAAUGUUUGCCGCGGGUUUGCUGGACGAUCAGUUCCAGGAGCUGCAGAUGCUCCAGGAAGGGAGCGCCCCAGACUUCAUCGACAAGGUUGUCACGCUCUUCUGCGAGGAUGGCGAGCGUAUCAUCGGCGAGAUCGCCAAGCUGCUGGACAAGCCAUGUCUGGACUAUCACAAGGUGAGCCAUUUUGUGCUUGAACUCAAGGGAAGCAGUGCAUGUAUUGGUGCUCAGAGAGUGAAGAACAGUUGCAUUCAGUUCCAUCAGUGUUGUCAGGAGAAGAGCAGAGAUGGGUGCCUGAACUCACUGGAUUCUGUGAGGAACGAUUUCUAUGAUGUGUGCAGCAUGUUCAGGCCACAUGCUUCAGGUACUACUUUUUAAAAACUCGUCUUAAACUCGUUGUUGC